AUGCAGACAAUCUUUAUCGAAGAAAAACUUCGCCAUGAACAAAUUGUUAGUCUCUGUGAAAUGAUUGAUACGAGUGUUUGUACAUCUUUGGAAUUCCGACGAUGUUCAAUCCUCGAAACUGAUUUCGAUCAAUUAAUGAAAAGUUUAUCACAGAAAAAUCGAACGAUCGUUUCACUGAUUUUCAACAUUCAAAUGAUCAAUGAACAAAGUCGAUUUCAGAAAUUUAUUCAAAUGCUACGCAACUGUUCGAACUUAAUCAAUCUACGAAUACAUGGAAACGAUAUCACCGAUGAGAUGUUUUCUCAACUCUAUAGAAUUCUAUAUGAAUAUUGUCCAAAAUUAACAUUAUUGGAUAUCGGAGAUAACAAACUGACGAAUAAAUCGAUUGUUAAUAUAUGCUCAUUAAUAGUUCCGAAUGAAAAACGAUCAGGUCUGGAAGAAUUAAUACUAAGCGCGAGUCAAUCGAUCACAAAUGCUGGCUGGACAGAACUGUUCUUUUCCAUUUCUUACAAUUCAAGGAUCCGUCGAUUAGCUCUUGAUUACAACGUCAUUGAUGAUACGAUUGCAACCAUGCUUAGUAUGAUUGUUGCAUCAAAUCAAACCUUGACACAUUUGGAUUUAGAAAGUUGUCAAUUGAGUGAAUAUGCUGGUAAAUUAUUCCUUAGUUUACUCACGAAAUAUCCCGUCAGAUUGGAGGAAUUAUGUUUGGAGAAAAAUGCCUCGUUAUCUGACUCAACACGGACUUUAAUUAAUGAAUGUCUAAGUCUAAAAUCUCGACGAAAUUCGCUUGAAAACGAACCAUCGCACCGUCGUUCGUCAAGUCCGGACGAAAUAAUACGCGAGAAGCCUCAGCCAGUUAAACUAAAGAAGAAGAAAAGUAGUUUGAAAGAACCUUCGAAAGUUCUCGUUAAAGAAGAAAUCAAAUCCGUGGGCUUCAACAAUACAAAAAGAGCCGACAAACCUUCUGAGAGUAAAAAACGGCAAGAAAAUGAAGAGGAAGAUAUUGAAGAACUUUUACCUAUUGAAACCCAACCCUUUGGAACUGUUGGACAUCAGCUUUACUGGAAUCGAGUCUAG